GAGCUAGCAAGACGGAGGGGAAAGGGAUCGUCUUCAAUGCGGACGACGACUUCCUGGGAGGCGGUGCGGCAGCAUCGACGUUGCCUGACUUCUCAGACUUGGACCAGCAGCUGCAGGAGGACGACUACCCCUCUGCUGGCUAUGCGGCGCCCUCUGGCGGCCUGGUCGUGGCCGAGGCCCCGGACACGAACAUCGUGAAGACGCGCACCUACGAUUUGUCCAUCACCUACGACAAGUAUUACCGGACGCCCAGACUCUGGCUGUUCGGCUACAACGAGCGGGGGGACCCCCUGAAGCCCGAAGAGGUCUAUGAGGACGUGCUUAGUGACUACAAGUCCAAGACGGUCACUGUGGACCCUCAUCCUCUCACGGGCACACCAACAGUGUCCAUCCAUCCCUGCCAGCAUGCGCAAGUUAUGAAGAAGGUGAUUCAAGACUGGAUCGAGCAGGGGUUAACCCCCAGGCACGACCUCGCCUUGUUCGUGUUCCUCAAGUUCAUCUCCAGCGUGGUGCCGACCAUCAACUACGAUUUCACCAUGGAAAUCGAGUUCUGA